UACACACCACCAGGGGGUUGUGGGAACCGCAGUUCCGGGAUGGUGGGCGGCGGUGGCGGAGGUGGCGGCGGUGGGCGCGGCGGGCUUCUCGAGAACGCCAACCCCCUCAUCUAUGAGCGCUCCGGGGAGCGGCCAGUGACGGCGGGCGAGGAAGACGAACAGGUGCCCGACAGCAUCGAUGCCCGCGAGAUCUUCGAUCUCAUUCGGUCCAUUAAUGACCCCGAGCAUCCGCUGACACUAGAGGAAUUGAACGUAGUAGAGCAAGUUCGGAUUCAGGUUAGCGACCCCGAGAGCACAGUGGCCGUGGCUUUCACACCCACCAUUCCACACUGCAGCAUGGCCACGCUUAUUGGCCUGUCUAUCAAAGUCAAGCUUCUGCGGUCCCUUCCCCAGCGUUUCAAGAUGGAUGUGCACAUUACACCCGGGACCCACGCCUCGGAGCAUGCAGUGAACAAACAGCUUGCAGAUAAGGAGCGAGUGGCAGCCGCCCUGGAGAAUACCCACCUACUAGAGGUCGUUAAUCAGUGUCUAUCUGCCCGCUCGUGAGCCAGGCUUUUGACCACCAGCCUGCACACAGGUGUCCUGGCCUCAGCUCCACCAAGAGCUUGUGGCUUUGUUUUCUUGAAUCACUGACAAUGAGAAACUAACAUUUUUCAUUUUGUAAUAAACCCUUAAUUUAUAUUCA